UGCAAAACCAUCAUGGCUGCCACUCGCUGAGCUGUCAAGCUCUCCACAAAAGAAAAAGAAAACCGGACGACCCAUGGAUUUGGUGGAUAUGUGCGCAGCUGCCUCCGCAGGAGAUAAUAAACGGCGUGUCAAGAAGAAUAGAGUUUGGCGCAAACGGCCCCACCUCAGGAAGACUGCCGUUCAGCCCCCGACUAUGCAAAGUGAAGAUAAGCAUGGACCAAAGAAGAUAGCAGAGAAGAGGGAGCAAAGCACAGCGUGCCCUUCAUCAAAGAAGCCCCCCCAGGAAGCACAACAGAGUCAACACAGGACAACUGAUAGCAGGCACACACUCAGGUUCACAUGCUCACAAUGCAAGGACAACUCGGAAUAUCUUCCCAAAGACUUAGUAAAACACUUUGAGGAAAACCACAGAGGGAGCCUGCCUGUUUUUUCUUGUCACAUGUGUGCUUUUAAUGCACACGAGUUGUCCUUCCUUCAGGUUCAUCUAUUAAGCCACAAGGAUACUUUUUCCAGCUGCAGCAUUUGUAAUGACGAUGUUCAACGCACAUGGUCUGAAUUGAGUGCACAUUUGACAAUGUAUCACUGCCAAAAUGGCAAAUAUUCAUGUGAAAUGUGUCAGAAGUUCUCGACAGGGGACGUUGGAGUGUUUUUAGAGCACGUGUACUCACAGCAUUUUGGCCUGGAUGGUGCUAAUGAGAUUAAUCUAUUGCUGCACACAAAGGACAAUAAUCAGUUUGAGUCUAAAACAACCACUCAGUCUUUAUGUUGUCAGCACUGUGGCUACGAGGCAUCUCAGAAAUGGUUGUUGGCUAAGCACAUUAAUGCUCACCAUGGUAGCCAGAAUGGUAACCAGAAGAAGAAGAAGAAGGAGGUUCGUUCCAUAGCAAUGAAGCCAAAUGACCCUCUCCCAAAAAUUAAGCCUAGAUUAACAAGAAGUGCAGUUAGGGAAAUGUGCUGGCUGACACAGGACUGCCUUUCUCUGCCAGGGAGAGAAUUCCUGGAUAAAUACUGCCAUCUGUCAGAUCCACAAACAACACUAGAGGAGACUCAGCAGUUUUUGAUGAAGUCUGUAGCGGGGGAAACCGGUGACCAGAAAUGGACCAAGGCUCUUAAAACGGUUCUGUCAAAUGUCCCUCAAGACGUGAACCUUCACCCGAAGUCAGAGAACGGCAUCAUGUCCAACUCUGCCGACCUCACGGUCCUCACGGUCAAGAACAAGAUAACGGUGGCCCAGAACGGUGCCACAUAUGCCAAAAGGCUGAAAAUGAUGGCGUCAUCAGAAAAGGAGACCCUUUCCUCUGAGAGCGCCGCCGAUGAUGCGCGCUGCAUAGUCGACCAAAAUGGAUGUCAGUCAAAUUUGAACGAUCACAUACAGACCGAAACAAAACUAAAUAAUGAUGCCUCCAUGUCGGCCCCGAACGAGCUGUCUGAAUGCACUCGGAUGCAAGAAAACAGAGAGAAUCAGGAAUUAAAGACCAAUCGAGAUAAUGAGGAACAUGCAGAGCCUAAAAAUGCACAUGCCCACGAGGAUGGAAUGGAUCUCUUCAACGAGCUCAAGGUUACAAAUGAGAGCAAAGAGCAGACAUCCGUUCGUAAAGCUCAGCCAAAAACUAGGAGAAAGAACCGAAGGCGGAAAAGAAAGCGGAGAACUAAAAAGAAAGACAAAGGAGACUCAGGUGUGGCCUUAAAGAUAGUGUUGAAGAAGAAUCCUGUGAAAGAGAUGCAGUGGGUGUCGCAAAGCUCUCUGUCUCCAUCAGAAGGCGACCCAAUGGGUGACCACAUUGGACUGCCAGAUGCUCAUAUGUCAACGGAGGAGACGGCACAGGUUCUUCAAAACGCGCUGUCAACAGAAGCACAGCAGAAGAAAUGGACCAAAGCUUCCACGACUGACCAGCACGACCCCUCUGAAGCCAUCACACCCACCGCACAAUCAAAGCCAGGGGAGGAUAUUAAUCUACCUUGUGCCGCACAGCCGACGAGGUCUGAAAACACAGUCGGAAGCGAACCCACGGAGCCCGAAGCCUCGCCGUCGACGAAUCAAGAGAAGCGGGAUGACGCGGCGAAGUCAAGGCAGUUCAUGGAAACAGAAGUUGACAGGAGCGGUUCAGCCGGAAAGACGUGCCAGUCAAACGGGAUGGCAGCAGCGACGGUGGAGACGUGCCCCGAGAACUCGCAGCUCAGACCCCCCGACGACCUCCGUGUGUCUGCCGCCGAUGGAGUGACUUCUCAGAGAGGCUACACCAAAUCUUCCCCUGUUUCCCAACCUGUCACUACACCGCAGGGUAACUCGGAAGAUUUAAACCUCGCUCUUUCUUUAGAGCAGAGUGUUGAAGAGAUAAGAGUGCCUGCAGACGCCCACCCAGAUCUACUCAGCAGUAUCAGUAGCAGCAGCAGCACCAGCGACUUGCCUGCGGGGACAGCCAUCCAACAAGAACCCUCACCAGCCUCGGCGCACCGCUGGCAGCCGCUCCCGAAAAACCUGGAGAGGACCCUGAAGUUAGUAGCAAUAAGUCCCUUCCAGCCGGUCAAGCGUCCAGGGAGACACCAGCCCGUCGUGGUGCUCAAUCACCCGGACGCAGACGUCCCGGAGGUCGCCCGGAUCAUGGAGGUGGUCAGCAGGUACAGGGGAGAGGUGCAGAAGGUGGUGCUGUCACGCAGGACCCUGAAGGUCCUCGCAGCCAUGAGCGGAGAGGCCAUCGAGGCAAGCGACCCAACGGACGGGGAGGACGACGUAAACCCCGUACAGGAGAGGUUCAUCUUAAAAUUGAAACUUCGCAGGCUGAGCAGGAAAAAGUACGAAGUAGUCAGCGCCGUCUCCCCCAGCAGGGAUGCCGGCGCCACCACCACCACCAAUUUCUGUUGCUGGUUUUGCGGCAGGGGGUUCACGAGCCAGGAAAUGUGGAUGCUUCAUCGGCAGCGACAUCUGAUAGAGUGGAAAAAGCCAAACUGUGAAAACGCUUAA